UGAGUACUUCCUGUAUAUCUGAAGCACGCAUGUGUCCGUGAGGUCCAUGUUGUGGAGUUAAGCAGAAUUCUCCAUAGGCUCUAGAGACAGUAAUAAAACCUUUACUGAUAAUACACUGGAUCACUAACAUUAAGCAGUAUGAAGUCGGCUUCCAAAAGGCAAAGAAAAAAGAAGCCAAGCUUCCACAAAUUGCUCAAGACCAGCAAUGUGAAACUUGAAAAUAAGGUGAAAAACCGCCAGUUCAAGCAUCAAGCUACAGCAAAAAAGCAACGCAAGGAGCAGAGAAAGCUUCGCCAAGCCAUCAGUGAUGUGUCACAUCAGACCCUAAAACCUCUAGAGCGCUACAAGAAGAAACCAGAAGAUGAAGAGGAAUUCCUUGAGACGCUGCCCACUGAUAUGAUGGAGGAAGGUGACCUGGAGCAGAUCAGAGCCAUGGCCCAGAAAGCCUCUUUCAUCACAAGAGAACUGUCCUCAUGUGCUCCCGUUCACGUUAAAAAGCGCAAGUCAGACCAGCCGGUAGAAAAGUAUGAGAAGAUACCCAGAAAGAUGCAACAAGAGGAGCAGACGGAGCUCAUACAUUUGUUGCCAAUCAAAGAUAAGUCUGGCCUUAUUCCCCAAACGAUGGAGAAACCAGGUAUGAGGCACCACCCUGAAGGCCACCUCUACCCACAAGUAGACCUCAGUGGUAGUUUCUGCCACACACAAUGUUUGUUUUUAUUUCUAGUGAUGCAAAAAGUGGAUGACGACGAAGAAGAGGAAGAAGUGAAGGAUGAAGAUGAGUCAGAACGAGAGGUGGCACAGAGCUUCCUGUCUCUGACUCCUGAGGAACAGCUUGAGCUUCGCUCCCAGAAGCUGACAGAGAAGAAACUGUGUAUUGCAGCCUUGGGAUCAGCCAUCCUAGCAGAGCCACACUCCAGUAUUAAAAAACUGAAGGAGCUGAGGGCCAUGCUAAUGGAGUCGGACCCAUGUGUGGCAGUCACAGUCAGGAAACUGGUCAUGGUCUCGCUCUUGGAGAUCUUCAAGGACAUCGUGCCCGCCUACAGGAUCCGACCUCUGACUGAAGCUGAAAAGGCCACUAAGGUCAAAAAGGAAACGCAGCAGCUAAGAGAGUUUGAAGAGGGGCUAGUGAGUCAGUAUAAAUUCUACUUGGAGAAUUUGGAGCAAACGAUCAAAGACUGGAAGCAGAAGAAGCUGAAAAGCAGCCAGGCUGUGUCCCUGGCCUCCUACCGGAGCCUGGCUGAGGUGGCCAUUAGAUGCAUGUGUGAAAUGCUGGUGGCCUUGCCCCACUUUAACUUCCACAAUAACAUUGUGUUUGUGGUGGUGGGUCUGAUGACCGAGCCUGCGAAGAAGCUGUCUGACAUGUGCUGUGAGGCAGUCAGGAAGCUACUGAAACAGGACAAACUGGGCCAGGCUUCACUAGCUACAGUGAGAGUCAUCUCUGGACUGGUCAAGAGCAAGAAUUACAACAUCAGACCAGAGGUACUGAAAACAUUGCUUUGUCUGAGGAUAAAGGAGGUGGAGGUGAAGAAGGAUACAGAAGACCUGGUACCCAAGCAGAAGCUCAUGAGCUUCAAGGAGAAGAAGAAAAACCUCUCCAGAAUGCAGCGGAAGUGGAAGAAAGCUGAAGAGAAGUUACAGAAAGAACUUCUUGAAGCAGAUGCGUCUGAGAGCAAGGAGAAGAAGCUCAAACUGCACACAGAGACACUAAACAUAGUGUUCCUCAUAUACUUCAGAAUAUUAAAGAAAGCCCAGAAAUCCAAUUUGCUACCCUCAGUUUUAGAAGGUCUAGCAAAGUUUGCCCAUCUGAUAAAUUUGGAGUUCUUUGAUGAUCUGCUGACUGUUCUCCAUAAUUUAAUAACGUCUGGUGAUCUGUCAUACCGAGAGUCUCUCCAUUGUAUUCUGACAGCUUUCCACAUUCUCUCUGGUCAAGGUGACGUCCUCAACAUUGACCCGCUGAAAUUCUACGUCCACCUGUACAAAACCCUUCUCACACUUCACGCAGGUGCAGCGAAUGAGGACACAGCCAUUGCAUUGCAGUGCCUGGACGUGAUGCUGACCAAGCGGCGCAAGCAGAUCACGCUGCACCGAGCCCUCGCCUUCCUCAAGAGACUGAGCAUGCUCUCCCUGCACGUGAUGCCCGACUCCUGCGUGGGCAUCCUGGCAACCAACAGGAUGCUAGUACAUACUUUCCCCAAGUGUGAUAUACUGUUGGACAACGACAUGCAGGGCAGUGGUGUGUACUUGCCUGAGCUGGAUGAGCCAGAGUACUGUAACCCCCAAAACACCUGCCUGUGGGAGCUCCACACACUCAAGAGACAUUACCACCCCAUGGUGAGGAAGUAUGCCACUCAUCUGUUGUGUGGGGCUCCAAGUGAGGGCUCCGGCGCACUCGACAUGGGGCUGAGUAGAAGAACACCAGGACAGCUCUUUGAAGACUACAGUGUGAAGGAUAUGACUUUUAACCCCCCAGUUGCAGGACCACCAUCAAAAAAGAAGGAACAUUUAACAAUUGGACAGGCAUUCUUGGAUUCUGCUUUGAAAAAACAGGUUGAUACAGCUCUUCUGUUGGAGGAGGAUGAAGUGUCACUCGAUUUUGCUGCCAGUUAUGCACAGGAGUGACUCUUCUUUUUGUGUGACUGUAAAUAGGGUUGGGUGGGUAGAAAUGUUAUAUCCACAUUGUUCAAAAAUAAAAAUGAUCAGUGUUUAUCA